CGCAGCCUGGACUCUCGCCGAUAAACAACUUCGAGAUCAAAACAAUCUCUGAAGAAGAGCAGCAAAGACCCUGUUUGCGCACCGACCACACCCGAGGCAAAACUCAGCUUUAUCUGGUCAGACUGUCAUAGGGGCACGAAGAUGAUCGGAAAGAUUCUCUCUCAACUGCUUGGGAACGCUGGCGAGGAUUUUGAGGCAGACAACGACACUUAUGAGGAGCUGAUGGAGUUCGAGGAGGGAGGAUGGAUCAUUGUUAAUCUCCCAGAGAGCGAGCUGCUAUCGGCCCCUGUGGUGGAUCCCCUCGAGAACCUCCUGAUUGAGCACCCCAGCAUGUCUGUCUACCAGAUGAGAUGCAGGAUGGGUGGAGCAGAGGAGGAGGAGUUGGGCUCUGAGGAAGACGAAGAGGACACCACCAGGCCCGUGGCAGUGAGGCGGCACAUAUCCUGGCGUCUGGCUGCCUGGGGAAUUCCUCUACCCUGCAACAUCCAUCUGCUGGCUGUCCAGAGGGCCAGGGCCCAGGCCGAGCGCAAGAAGCUGAGCCGCAGCGCCCUCCACAGGCAGAACCUGGCUAAGGCACGAUUCUCCCCGGUAGACAAACGCUACGGCCACUUCAAGCAGCCCUGCCAGCGCCUGUACAACUACUAAACGGGAGGGAUGCUUGUGAGAGGGCGUGUCUCAAGUUGCCUCCACCACAGCACAGUGUGCAGCACAGUGCCUUCACUCUGAAAUACUCAGGUUUUCCACCAUUGUUUCACCUCACAUAGUUACUUCUGCAUAUCCACUCACCAUGCAAAGCACAUGAGAUUCACCACUUCCUGCGCAGUAAAAUGAUCCAACGUCCACCAGAUGAACCACAGCAGCACAUGUUUUUGUUGGGAUUUGAAUAAAGGCAACCUGCACUGUAACCCUCACAUCUGAAACCACUGAGAACAACGAACCUCGAUCUCCUGACAUCACGAAUGACACAGUCGACCCCUCAGGUUGGAAAGCAGUAGUAACACACACAGCUACUUUCAAAGUAACGCCUUUGUACAUUAUCGAACGAGAACAGUGGAGUUGUUAGACUUGAUUAGAUUGAUUAGAUAUACUGUAAGUAGGGGUAGAGCUAAGAGCUAGUUGGAGGUGUGUGAAUGUUAUUGUAAAGUUUGUUUUUUUACUUUUACAGUGUGUGACACUGAUCCAAAUCCAAACAGUAGACUACUUUGCUCUAAACGCUGAUGCAGAUGGAUUAUGGCACGUUUGGAUUGGUUAUUUCUUGGCUGUGUUCAGUAUGUAAGGUAUUAUGUGCCUUAGCUUAAGACGUCCUUGUGACAAGUGUGUUAAAAGUUGAUUUCAUACCACACUGACUUGUACAGUAUUCAUGUUGUGCAAAAACAUGAGCAUACUCUGUGAACCUCCUAAGAUCAAUGUUCCUUUUGUUUCUAAUUGAGUCUGAAGGAAUAAUGACAAACCUGUUCUUUGUAUUGAGUCUACCAUUUUGUACUUUUCAGCAAGUAUUCCCUCUUUCAUGUUUAAGUUCUUUCUAGACUCAUGAGUGUAAAUACAUUGAAUAUUAUGUUUUUCUAUUUGUGGGUAUUUAUAAAAUGUACAAAAAAAAUGCAAAUAAAUCUUGUUUUCUUAA